AUGACUGCAAUACUACUGGCAUACAUCACAGAAGUUCUUUACUACUUCAGUCGUUCGAUGGGCGAGGCCGACUAUGAAGCCCCCCAACCAGCUGCAAUUCAUUGUCUGGGGUCCAUAUUGGUCUGGAGCCCCCUCAUUUACAUGCUUUGGUCUAGCAAGACGCUUCGAUGGCAUGCAUACUUUGGUGCCUUUGUCUUGCAGUUUGCAUUGGAAACUACAAUCUUCCUGGUUACGGCGUUCUCACAAUUCCCUGAAGAUCGGAGGAGAAAUCUGCCUUUUAUCGUCAGCUGCGCCAGGGCCGGUAUUUCGCUGAUGCUCUUACUUGACGCAUUUGUCAUUUUGGUCACCAAGCAGGCAGAGGUCAGUACAGACGAGGAACGUCAGUCACUGCUUGGCGGUGAUGAACCAAAUGGGGAAACAAGCACUUCAGCUCCCAAAAUCUCUACUCCUAGCUACGGCGCCAUCUUACCAAUGGACUCGGACGACGAUAUGGAUAGCGACGUUGACGAAGACGAGGAUGCCGAAGGAAUCAAAGCAAAACAAGCGCAACGUCUCGAGGAAGAGGGUGGAUGGUUUGGAUACCUCAAAGGCUUCGCUAUUUUCUUGCCCUACCUCUUUCCCAAGGACGACUGGAAAGUCAUGGCAUGUCUCGGCCUACGAUUGAUUCACAUGUUGCAAGAGCGUGUUCUCAAUUUGCUGACGCCUCGCCAACUUGGUAUCAUUACCAACAAGCUGCAACAUUCUUAUGAGACACAAAGCGGCGUGAUGCCGUGGAAGGACAUUGGACUCUGGGUUCUCUACUCGUACAUUAACAGUUACGCAGGCCUUGGUAUCAUUGAUGGUAUAGCGAAUCUCGUAAUCUCAAACUCUGCGUACCGCCGUAUCACUUUGCUCGCUUACGAGCAUGUACUGGGAUUGUCGAUGGACUUUCACACUUCGAAAGAUUCUGGUGAAGUUUUGAAAGCGGUUGAGCAAGCCUCGUCUCUCAAUUCGCUCAUCGAGAUGGUUCUGUUCGACGUUGCGCCUAUUCUCUUGGAUCUCAUCGUGGCCAUGUACUACGUCACACAUCUAUUCGAUGCUUAUAUGGCUUUCAUCAUCCUCUUCAUGGGCGCCGCAUACAUCUCGAUAGGAGUCUACUCCACGACACUGUCGCAGCCCAAGAGAAGAGAUUACGUCGAGAAGCAGCGAACGGAAAGUUCGACAGUCAACGAGACGGUGCACAACUGGCAGACGGUAGCUUACUUCAACCGCUUGGCAUUCGAACACAAGCGAUAUGCCGAGAAUAUCAUCAACACCAUCUCUGCGCAAUAUCAAUACUACUUCCGCUCCAUGGGCGGGCACGCAGCGCAGGACAUCUUGACGACUUUUGGCUUUGCAGGCGCUUGCGUCUUUGGCAUGACAUCAAUUGUGACAGGAAGAAAACCGGUCGGAAACCUCGUCACUUUGAUCAUGUACUGGCACACGAUGACCUCACCACUUUACGUUCUUUCAUACAGCUUCCGGCAUAUUUCGAGUUCUCUCAUCGACGCUGAACGACUCCUUCAGAUGCUGAACACCAAGCCCACGGUAGCUGAUAUGGAGGGCGCCAAAGACAUUGAAGUACAUACAGGCGAAGUCGAGUUCAAGGACGUGGAAUUCCACUACGACCCUCGCAAGCCUAUCAUCAAGAACGUGAGCCUGAAAGCCAAGGGUGGUCAAACGAUCGCCUUUGUCGGCGAGACAGGCGGUGGCAAAUCGACUAUGCUCAAACUUCUUUUCCGCUUCUACGAUGUCACCGGCGGAUCAAUAAUGAUCGACGGACAAGACCUCCGCUCAGUAACCCAGUCCAGUCUGCGCGAAAACCUCGGCGUGGUACCCCAGGACCCCGUCCUCUUCAACCAAAGCAUCCGACAAAACAUCCGCUACGCCAAACUCGACGCAACCGACGCUGAAAUCGAAGACGCAUGCCGCGCAGCCGCCAUCCACGAAGACAUCAUCGGCUUCCCCGACGGCUACAAUUCUAAAGUUGGCGAGCGCGGCGUCCGUCUCUCAGGCGGACAACUACAACGUAUAGCCAUCGCACGCGUGCUACUCAAAAACCCCAAAAUCGUCAUGCUAGACGAAGCAACCUCGGCAAUCGACUCCUCUAUCGAAGCACUCAUCCAACAAGCUUUCCGCAAACUAAGCCAAGGCCGCACCACCUUCGUCAUCGCCCACCGCCUCAGUACCAUCGCAGACGCCGACCAGAUCCUCGUCGUUGAGAAAGGUGAGAUCAUCGAGAGAGGCACACAUCAGCAACUCUUGAAGAUUCUGGGAGGCAAGUACGCGGAGUUGUGGGAGAAACAGACGGCGGGGCAUCUUUCUAAGAUGCCGUCGCAGGAAGAUGUCAAGGAUGGUGAGGCGGCGACGGCGGUGGGCGUGAGCGGUAGUGCUAAAUUGAAAGAUGACGAUGAAGCGACUGCGACGGGGAGGAGUAGUGAUAGCGAUAGUAGCGGGACGUUAGGACGACGGGGAUGAUCGAUUAUAUCGACGAUGAUGUUAAUGGAUGGAAAAUUUGGAGGGAGGAUUUCGGAUUGUAACUAUGGCGGUAUCGUUGUUUGUGCUUAGCAGCGCUUUUACUAGCUUUCGGUCCGAUCUACAUAAUAAUGUAUUCCAUACCUAUCUGCCUA